AUGGCCUGGUUCUGUUCCGGGACAACAAACACAGAGCUCAUCGAGAACCUGUGGAGUGCAGGUCUCAUCAAGGACAAGAGGGUGAAGAAGGCCAUGCUUGGAGUUGACCGAGACCACUAUGCCCCCUCAAGUCCCUACUCCGACUCCCCGCAACCCAUCGGCUACGGCGCAACCAUCUCUGCACCGCACAUGCACGCCCACGCUUGCGAAUAUCUAAUUGACUUCCUUCACCCCGGUUCGCGCGUGCUAGACAUAGGCUCCGGAUCAGGCUACUUGACGCACGUAAUCGCGAACUUAAUUACAGACCCAUCCUCCCCUCCCACAGACGCAGAUGGACACAUAAUUGGCAUUGAGCAUAUCCAAGAACUCGUCGACCUCGCGCGCGAGAACAUGAACAAAUCCGAAGAUGGGCGCAACUUCUUACAGUCAGGGAAAGUGCAAUUCGUGUGCGGAGAUGGAAGAAAAGGGUGGCCGCAGGGCGGACCGUAUGAUGCUAUUCAUGUAGGUGCUGCGGCGGAGCAGCUGCAUGCUACUCUUGUGGAUCAGCUCAAGGCGCCUGGUAGAAUGUUUAUUCCUGUUGAGUCCGAGCCCGGGGAAGGGAGGUUCGGACAGGUGGGUAAGGGAGCUGGGCAGCAUAUAUGGGUGGUGGAUAAGAAGGCUGAUGGGACGGUGGUGAAGGAGAAGAUUUUUGCGGUCAGUUAUGUGCCGUUGACGGAUGCGCCAAAGUAG